AUAAAAAGAAGUUAUUGAUAACUUCCUCGUAUGGCUUUGUAGGCUUGGCCCAUGUUCUGCCUCAAAGUAUUCGCCUGCAAUUUAACCUAAAACUAGAAAAGGAAAACGAUCAAGCAUCAUCCCCGUCUCGUAAUUCGUAAACUUUUCCAUAACAGAGAGCAUUAAACAUUCAUGGGGGAAGAAAAGAAGGGGUUUUUAGUGAUGGUUGACCAGAACCCACUCAAAUACGUAGAGACCAAAUACAACGAAUGUGAGACCCUCUUCAAGACUUGGCUUGCUAAACAAUCUUUACCCGUCGUGGCUGCCAUUGUCACCGUCACCAGCGCCCUCCAAGGUGCGGCGAUCGGUGGGUUAAUGGGUCUUACUAAUGAUGUCUCCUCCUCUUUUUCCCCUCCGCCACCAAGCACCUCCCUUAAUCUACAGACUACAGCCUCCUUCCAGCAAUCCCAGGCUGUUGCAGGAGGGCCAUUGGCACAGGCUCGUAAUUUUGCUGUUAUGUCGGGGUGUUAAUGCAGGCAUAUCCUGUGUCUUAAGAAGAUUAAGAGGCAAGGAGGAUGUCCAGUCAAGUAUGGCGGCAGGUUUUGGUUCUGGUGUCAUGUUCUCAUUGGUUAGUGGUAUGGGGGGUCCUAAUCAGGCUUCAAAUGCAAUAGCUUCUGGUGUUUUCUUUGCACUUGUGCAGGGUGGAGUUUUUAAGGUAAGGGAGAAAAUUUCAAAGCCAAAUCCGGAAGAUUUGUUGUAUAAUGAAACGAGAGGGAUGUUGACUAGUCUUGGUCUUGGGCAUUAUGAAAAGAACUUUAAAAGAGGAUUGCUAACAGAUAGCACUUUGCCUUUGCUCACUGAUAGUGCUCUGCAAGAUGCAAGGAUUCCACCUGGACCAAGACUCCUCAUUCUUGAUCACAUUGAAAGGGAGGAGGUAAAGAAGAAGUCUGCUUUUCCACACAAGUGGUAGUUACUUACAGUUACAUGUGUAGUUAAACCAGAAAAAAGUUGGUAGUUUUUUUAAUAGUCUAAAUAGAAAAUUAUACUUUAAUCUCACUUUUUGAAGACAAAAAGAAGUUGGCUAUCUUAAACAUGAAAAAGAAGUUGGGUGGAUCGGAGUAGAUAACUUAUUUUGUUAUUAUUUUCCAAUCACAUAGGGGUGUUUUUUGGUUCACAUAUUGUUUUGAAAGGAAUUGGAAUUGAUGAAGGAAAUAUGAAUUCAAUGCAUUUGGAAAUUUAAGGAGUUGAAA